AAUAUCCAAAAAAGUUUCCAAAAACUCGAACUUUGCACUAUUUCGGGAUCAGUAUGUCUCUUGUGGCAUAUGGGUCAAGUGAUGAUAGUGACCUCAGUGAUACUGAAGAAAACAAACCUCAUGACAAACCGGUAGAAAGCCAAAACUUUGCAGUAAACGAUGAUCAAGUGACAGAAACAGAAAACAAACAGGUUCAAGAUGAUCAGAUUUCCGAUUCUGAUUCAGAAACACCUGGACAUGUGAGAGAAAAUGACCAAAAUAACCUUGAUGAUAUGUUAAAAGAGUUGCCAACACCAAAGACGGCAGACAGUGGAGUGAUUGUUGAAAAUGAUGCUCUUGAAGAUAUAGUGAAACCCAAACCAUCACAAGUUGCAGAUGUAGAAAAACCUGUACCAAAAAAAUUACGACAGCCUGUAAAAAUCACAAUACCUGCACUACCGGAUUCAGAUGAUGAUGGUGAUGAGCCAGUCAAGAAGAAGCCUCGACCUGGAUUCGGAACAGGCAAGUCAGGAUUGACCUCCAUUUUACCAGCCCCAGUCCAUGCAGCAAAGAAAGAAACAGGUCGCAUUCUUCUUCCUUAUUCUCUAACAAAGAAGACCCAGUCUGUUGCAUCUGGUGCUCCUGCACCGAAGAAAUCUAGUAAUAUAACCAGUCAAGUGUCUGAUAAGUCACGAAAACUAAGUGCCAGUCUGGCAGAUUAUGGUAGUGACAGUGAAGAUGAGGAUGAUACUGGAGAACCAGUUAGUUUUUUCUCAUUUGACUCUUCUGUGAAUAAAACAAACUCCACAUUGAAGAGUAAAAUAGACUCCACAGUGAAGAGUUCAGAACAAAAGGAGAUGGUUGGACCAUCUCUACCACCUAUGCACACAGGAGAAUCAAAUUUAGAUACUGGCAUACCUACAGUUCCUUUACCCCCAACUUUACCUCGAACUUCUUUACAUCUGCCCGCCCCAGCAAGAAAUGAUAACAGUUCAGUGAAUGAUAAUGCUGUAAAUGAACCUGUAUCUCCCAGUGACAGUGGACUUGGAACUGUUCCCAUAGGACCUUUUGUUGACCCAAAUGCACCAUUAACUUUUAAAGGAGGCGUUAGUAGUCAAAAGACUUACGGCGGUUUUUAUAAUUCAAAUAAUGCUAUGUCAUCAUCAUCAUCGUCAUUAGGAUCAUCACAUUCUGUAGGAGAGGGGGAUCAGAACAUGUACUAUAAUAUGCGGUAUGAUGACAGUAUGCAAUAUCCAGAGUCUACUGAUGUUGAAGGUUUUCAGCAAGAUAAUGAGUUUCUACGUCUACAAGGGAAAAAACAAAGAGGGAAAGAGGAGAUCAAUCUGAUUGAUGUAAACGCUGAUGAUUACACAGAUCCUUCCGAGGUAACCAAGUAUUUGUCCGAGGAACAGACGCACCAGUCACAUAGGAAAAAGGAUAACCAACCGUCCGGGCAACAGAAGCGAAAACAUCAGAUUCACUAUCUUGCCUUCCAGGCUAAGGAAAGAGAGUUAGAGCUGAAGAACCAGUGGUCACAGAACAGACAGACAAAGAAACAGACACAAGCAAAAUAUGGAUUUUGAGCUGCGUAUUAAUAAUUGUAGAUGGACAGAAACCGAAAUGAAAGAAAACUGUUCAUCAGUUUUGUGUUCAAAAUAUAUAACCAGUCUUAGCCUUAGCCAGAGUUGAGAGUGUAUAGCGGAAAACAGAAUUCUUUGUUAUCUAAACAAUAGAACUGUUAGUGAAUAAAUGUUGUAUAAAAAUGAAAUGUUUAAACAAAUUUAAUCAUGAUAUGUUGAUGACUCUCACCAUCUGAAUUGUCCAGUAGUUUUCUCCUUUGGUAAUAAGUAAACAAAAAAUGAGUUUUUAAACCAGUCAGAAAUCUCUAGCAUCUGAUUGGUUGGUGCUGCAGCUCUAUUUUCAAAUUGACCAAUGGCUUGUCAGCAUUUAGAGACUGGUCUCAGACCUAAUUUUAUAAUUCGAAGAAUAGUCAGAGCUACAUUUGUAUUCUACUUACCAUGGCUUCGGUGUCUUACCUUGGUUAAAGUUUUGCAUGCAAGUACAUACAGCUAUCAUUAAAUUUUAAAGGCAUAUCGCUUUGAAACUUAUUUUUACUUUUUCUAGGUCAAUUACCAACCUCACUGGGUCUUUAUGGUAAUAUUCCUGCAUCUGGGACAACAAUUCGAAUAGUCGAGCAUUGGCUGUCUUACAGACAGCUCUUGUUACUUGGCUAAUUGAACAGUUUGCUUGGCUUAACUGAGUAUCAGUCUGUAGUUGUUCUAGUAAAAACAGAAUGAAGACUACAAGUGGUCUUUAAAGAUGUACUACACUCGUCUUUUACUGGGAUUUAAAGCUAGAAAAUGCCAAUUAAAAGUACAUGUAUAAUAGGAUUAUUACAACAAUAGCUCGAUCUUGGAUGCUGUAUUCGGCUCGAGUGGAUAUUUGCCAGAUCGGAUCUCACGAGGUGCGCAAGCGCAAAGUUUGAUCUGACCUUGCAAAAUCCAUGAGAAUUAAAUACAAAAUCCCAGAUCUAGCUACUGUUAUAAUGACCCUUUUAUUAUAUACCUCUACCUUUUUGUUUGUUGUUUUGUUAUCGAAAUCUUCAAUGUUUAUCGAUAUUAAAAAUGGAACUUAGUGACGUUUUUAUGUGCACUAUUUAUAGAACUGUGUCAGGUCAUGCAUAUUAAUGAAAAUAGUCUUGAAGCAUACAAUACAGAAGGUACAAUACGGAAUUUAAAAGCUACGAUACGGAUUUUUUAUCUGCCUGUUCAUAUCUAAUUGUGAAAUACAAGCCGAUUUUAUGACAGAAUUUAUAUAGGUAUGUAAUAAAUAAAGAUAUCAAAUGCCCAAAAAUGCCUAAAAUAUUUUAUGUUUAGAUAUUUACUUAAAAUUUAGAAAACUCUCAUCAAAUGUAACUUUACUAAAUAUAUAAAUUAACAAGUUAUGCAGAGCUACAUUUGUCAUAUGCAGAGCUACAUUCAUCAUUUAAUGUCAUUAUGAUAUGCAGUCUAAAAGACUUCCAGUUAUUUUUAGCGGUACUGCACAUUUAUACUACCUUCAAUCGUGCAUGUUUGAAGUGUGUACUGUUUAAAAACCUACGCAUAGACUAAUCAUAGUACUGCUAACAUACAUACAUGUAACUUGUUAAUGUUAUGUUUACUUAAACUGUAUGCAGCAAUUGUUCAUAUUUUAUUAUAUGAAAAUUAGGCAUGAUACAUUUUUAAUGAUUUAGUUUGAACUGCUUAAUGGAUUUUCACAAUAAAACCUAGUCUAUUACAUUCAUGCACAGACUUCUCUAUCAAUUUUGAUCAAACAGUUUGUAAUAGGGCCUUCGGGCGGAGUGGUUAAGGUUGCUGACUGAACCACUUGCCCUUCACUGAUGUUGGUUCGAGCCUCCCUCGAGGCAUUGAAUGCUUUGAAUAAGUCAUCCAGCAUAGGUUAAGGAAACAAAGUGCCAGCUGGUGAUAAAAUAAUGCAAGAAAGGGCACCUGUGGUCUUACUUUAUUAGCAGAGCUGGAAAGUCGCCAUAAUGACCUUUAAUUGUGUUGGUGUGAAGUUAAACCCAACAAAAACAAAAACAAAAAAUAUUUGUUUGCACCACAGCACAAUUAGGUUGCUAGAGCUUAAAAUAGAGCAAAGAAAAUUUCGAAAAAUUUGGCAAAGUUUACUUGGUGUGUAUAUCAAAGUUUAGUCUUGAUAUCAUUGCAUUAGUUUAUAUCAAAAUUAAAUUUCCCCAGUGCACAAAGGGCACGAGGAGCUACAGACAAGAGUGAAUGAUUUUGAGCUAUCUUAGACCUUUUGUUAUUUGUUAUAAGUUUUGAAUAAACCAAACUUUAUUAGAAACAAAA